CCUCCGCCUCGGCCUCGGCCUCCGCAGCGCCGCGCCCGCUCCGAUCCCCGACCUCCUGAGCCUCGUGCGGCGGCCCCUCGGCCUCCGCCGCGGCGGCGGGCGCUACGCGUCGUGCGCGGUGGUGGGGAACAGCGGGGUGCUCCUCGGAUCGGGCCGCGGCGACCUCAUCGACGGGCACGAGCUCGUGAUCCGGCUCAACAACGCGCGCGUCCACGGCUUCGCCCGCGACGUCGGGUCCCGGACCUCGCUCGCGUUCGUGAACAGCAACAUCCUGCACCUCUGCGCCCGCCGCGAGAAGUGCUCCUGCCACCCCUACGGCGACGCCGUCCCCAUCGUCGCCUACAUCUGCCAGCCCAAGCAUUUCCUCGACUACGUGGUGUGCAACGCCUCCCACCCCUCCCCGCUCCUCAUCACCGACCCGCGCCUCGACGCGCUCUGCUCGCGGAUCGCCAUGUACUACUCCCUGAAGCGCUUCGCGGAGGCGUCGCGGCGAUCGCCCCUGCAAUGGGGCGAGUCCCACGACGCGAAGAUGUUCCACUACUCCUCGGGGCUCCAGGCGAUCGUGCUCGCCCUGGGCAUGUGCGAUCGCGUGAGCGCCUUUGGGUUCGGAAAAUCCGCGGGGGUGAAGCACCACUACCACACGAAUCAGAAAUCGGAGCUCGAUCUCCACGACUACGAAGCCGAGUACGACUUCUACAGAGACCUCGUCGACCGCCCCCAGGUCGUACCCUUCCUUAACGAUUCCAACUCUAUGAUCCCUCCCAUCGUUUUUUACGGCUUAGGCUUAGCCUCCUCCUCCUCCUCCUCCUCCUCCUCUUCAAAUUAGAGCCUUUUGUUUUAUUAUUACUUUUCCCUUUCGCUUUUGUCCUAGUUUUCUUUAUGUGUUUUCGAGUUGCAGGAAGAUAGGAGAUACGAACAGAGUGUUAAAACAGACAUUUUUGUUGGGUGGGGAGGACUUAAAUUCUGUAGGAAUCUGCAUGUUUUGGCAAUGUAGUUCUGUAAUUAUUGCACAAAUUUUUGUAAGAUUUUGAGACGAUGCAUCAAUGAUUCAAUUGGGAUAUGGGGCAAUAUUCUGCUACAAGAUUGGAAUGGUACAACAUGCUGUGGUUUCUUGUCUCUUAUUGUAGUGUCCUCGUUAAAAAUGAGAGGUAAUUUUGACUAAGUUUACUAGUUACUACCUUUAAAUGUUACUGCAUUUUGUCCUUGCUUUUAAUCACGGCAAAUUUAUGGCAAGUACCCUCGUUAAUUAUUAGGCAGGGGGAGGCUGGAUGAUGUGACAAGUGUAGUACUCUUCGUACUCAGUCCAAGCUCCUUUUGUUAUUACAGUGUGAGCUCUUUGUUAUUACAUAUUGUUUCUUAUAGAGCUUAGAUUAUUUUACUUUUACUGUUAUAAGAUUGCAGCGUGAAGCCCCCUCCUUUUUUGUUUUCUUUCAGUAGAAUGUGAGGAAACUAUGCCUUUGUUUGUUUCUGUCAAUUAGGAUGAACAUUCUCCAACCACUAAUAAGUUACUCUAACAAGGCAUCAAAAUAAGUUAUCUACUUGCUUUGUAACCAUUGAGUUUGUAUCUAAGUAGCAACAACCAACUACCAUAUAGCAAUGGAGUCUUUCUUGUGUUUUGAUCUCUGCUUUAUGAACUGCUGGUCGACUCCCGUUUUGCACGCUUAAUUAACGUAGAAUCAAAAGUAACAGUUACCAUCAAAAUUUCUUAUGUGGUUUGAAUUCGAAGAAGCUGAUGGCUUCUAUCCGAUUUGGAAAUAUUACCAGUUUCUCGAUAACCAUCUUUGUCCAACAUUUGUAUGUUUAUCGUGUUAUGAUGUAAUGUGACUUCCAAGUUUUGUUGUUUCUUCUGUAUAUAUUCCACUUAUUCGCGCAUUAUAAAUGUAUUAUCAAAUCCUGUUCUGCUGCAGUUUUAUAAUUUCUGAUGGAUUUUCCCUGUUUGAAUGGUUUUAAGAGAAGUGAAAGACCUGAGCAGCAAAAGAAGUUUGGCUUCGACAAACUUCUUUUCUUAGUUUGGAGGGUAAGUUUGAAGAGUAGGCAAAGUGAUAAUUGCACUAGACACAGGUGUUAUAACUGAGAAGGCACGUUGUUGUAGGAUCUCUUUCAAGCAAGGUCCUACUUAUGUGUCCUUGCUGAUAGUGCAAAUUGAUGUACUAUGUAUGAAGUUUUAGAUGAUAUAGUGUUGGAGAUUAAAAAUGAAAAAUUAAUCAUUUCAACCAGGACAGGAUUGAAAUCCUGAGGCCCUGUUGAUUGUAAUCUUCUUUUUGUUUUGUUUUGUUUUGUUUUUUCCUUUAUAGCUUAAUUAGCUAAAAGGUACUCUGUUUUACCAGCAUGGCUACAUAGUGGAACAUCUGCCAAAUUUCCAACAUCUUCAUCUUUCUCGUUUCAUUUUACUGGGUAGAAAUAAGAAAAGUGUUUCUUGUUUCUCAACCUAUCCCCAGCUAUUGUUUCUGACAUGUAUAGAUGUUAAGGUUCUUUUUUAGUUCAUAACCUGUUAUCUCUACCUGAUUCUCUCCUGUUGCUUGAGGACAAGUUUGCUCUUUUGCUACAUGACUCUGCAGUUCCAUUGUUGCUAAAAGAAUGCUUUAUAUUCACCCUUUGAAAGCUGUACAUUCCUAGAACUCUACAUAUCCAACACCUGUGGAAAUUGUUUAUUGAGGGGUGUUGUAAUAAACGAAUGUUGAGUCCAUGUGAUGAGAGUGCACUUUCAUAGUUAGAAUAUUUAAUCGUAAAACUAAAAAAUGAUUAUUAUCCUAAACUAAGGAAAAAGAAAAAUUUGAUUAGUGCAUGGCAACAACGUGAUGCAAUGCUAUUAAACAUUCUAGAUAACAGAAGCUGGAGAUGCGACUGUACGAGCUGUGACUCCGCUCGAUCAGUUCCGAGAGAGUCGACUCGAGCUGAUCAGAUGCGAUCCUCACCGUCGAUUGCUUCAAGGGCAAUAGCCUCUUCUUUCAACGGCUACGAUUCGACCAACUCCACACAUCCGCGCACAAAAUCCUGGACGGUGAGAUAUCACCGAUCAAGCCACUUUUUCAACGGCCACGAUUCCAUCUCCCACCUCUCUCUCUCUCUCUCUCUCUCUCUCUCUCUCUCUCAGUCUCUCUCGCUCCCUCUCUCUCUCUCCACCCCGAUCCUCUUCUUCCUCCUCCUCUCUCUCUCUCUCUCUCUCUCUCUCUCUCAGGUUGCGGUGUUAGGGUACGAUGCAGGCGACUCGGAACGCGAUCCAUCUCCUGAGAUCGUUGUCCUCUACCUCUCCGAUCUGCGCCCAUGGAGGUAGAAGAGGAGGCCUCCUCUACGCCGCGGGUUCUAGGGCUUUCGCUCAGCACGCCGCCGCCGCCGCGAGCUCCGCCCUCGACAAGCAUGAGGCCACCGAUCGAGUCCUCGGCCUCCUCAGAUCCAUCCCCUUCGUCGAUCCCGCCAAGGUGAGCUCAACUGCGAGCUUUAAGACUGAUCUGAACUUGGACAUGCUCGAUAAUGUGGAAGUCAUAGCAGCGGUCGAAGAGGAAUUCGCAGUUGAGAUUCCAAACAGUGAGGCAGAGAAAUUUUCGACAACUGCUCAGCUCAUCGACUAUAUUGCUGGCCACCCUCAAGCCAGAUGAAGCACCAAAGCUUUUUUUUUUUUGCCCCCCUUUUUGGUGAAACGAAAUCCAGACUGUUCGUAAUAAUGAUACUUCAAAAACCAUUUGCAUUUCUACUUUUAGAAGAUCGUUCCAAUGUUUCGAGACAUCAUCCAUCCAGAUUGUAAUCUUUCCUGAAACAAUUAUUUUUCCCUCAACUGUUUGCUGUUAAAAGUGGCUUAUAAGAAUUGUUGAUAGCUAGAGAGAGUUUGGUCUAUCCAUUAACUUCUAUGAUCUUAUCGAGA